CCCGAGCAGCGCUUCUAGUUAUAUUUUACAUAAGCAUCAUCAGGCUUCAGACAGUCGGCUGCCAUCUCACCCUUAAGUGGAUUAGUCGCCUCCUUCUUGCCAUCAGUGAGAUGAAGCCCCCGCAAAGGCCGCCGGUGGCCGCCCACUCGCUUGCGGUCUUGACGGCUGUGCUGCUGCUAGCCGCGGUGGCGCUGCUGUUGCCGGCGGCGGCGGGGGCGGCGGCCGACCUCAUGCCGCCGCCGCCGUCGCCGCCGCCGCCGCCGCAGCACCAGUCACCUGCAGCAGUGGCCGAGGUGCAGGGGGCUGCAGCUGUAGCGGCACGGGCACAAGGCGCGAACAGUACAGCGAUGCAACUUGGGGAGUUGGACUUCCGCAAGAAGAAGGCCAAGAAGCCGGCAGCAGCAGCAGUCAGCAGGUCUUCGUGGCGCACGCUGCCCUUCAUGUCGACUGCGGUGCCGGCACUGCUGGCGGUGCUGCCGCCAUACGACCAGUACCUGGCCAUAGAGAACAGCAAGACCACCACCACCUCACUGCUGGACCUGGAGCAGGAGACGGCCACCGCUAUGAAGUCGCUGGUCAACUCGUUCUGCGGCGCGCCUGUGCAUCAAGAGGACGGCGGGCUCAUACUGGUUGGCGGGCAUCACGGAUACAAGAACGGUAUCGCGGACGGGCGAGAUAAGAUACAGCUGUUCGGACUGGACCCCGACCCGGCCUUCUCGCUGGCGCACCCGCUGCGGUGGAACCGCUGGUACCCCGCCGUCACCACCCUGGAGGAUGGCCGGGUCCUGGUCGUGGGGGGUUCCUACAAGGCAGACGCGGGCAGCCUGCCGCCCUUCAGCGAGAUCGUCGACCCCAAGGCUCUGGACCAGGAGAGUGAGACGCUGCCCACACCCCAGAACUUUGUGGACAACGCGGGGAUGCAGUGGUUCGCCUUCAUGCACACACUGCCCAGAGGCCACGUGCUGUGGUGGGGCGACCGCGGCGGCUCCAUCAGUGACGUGGCCAGCCAGGCCGUGCUGGCGGACCUGCCGGAGCUGCCCGAGGAAGUCACCCACCGCACCGCCUACCCGUACACUGCCUCGGUGCUGGUGCUGCCGUACCGGCCCGAGGAGGACUACCGGGCCACACUCAUGAUCUUCGGGGGCGCGGAGGGCGGCGCGGGCACGGACACGCCGGCCGUGAGCACCUCGCUGCGGCUGGAGCUGCGGGAGUGCGACUCGGCCGCCAGCGGCUACUGCGCAGUGCCGUGGGAGGUGGAGGAGAUGGGCGUGCCGCGGGUGAUGGGCGACUCGGUGCUGCUGCCCAACGGCAAGGUUCUGCUGCUCAACGGGGCGCAGUGGGGCCGUGCAGCCUACUCGUCCAGUGGCCAGAAGGCGGGCGGCCAGGCUUCCCACCCCGCCAACCAGCCUCUCAUCUACGAGCCCUGGCGGCCGGCCGGCGAGCGCUACUUUCAUGUGGCCUUCAACCCCAUCCCCCGCAUGUACCACUCCACGGCUUGCCUGCACCGGACGGGGGAGGUCAUCGCGGCAGGCUGCGACACUUGCGGCGAGAACGUGGCUGGCCUGACCUCCGCAAUGACGCCCAACCCCAAGGGGCUGCUGGAGAAGCGGCUGCAGAUGUUCACGCCGGCCGAGAUAGCGCCCGGCGUGGCGCGGCCGGUCAUCACGUUGGCGCCCGCGUCCAUAGCCCGAGACCAGACGUUCACAGUGGAGUUCACGUACGACCCCCCAGCCGCCGCCGAGGUGGCUCAGGGUGGCGGCACAGGCGGCAGUGGCUCGUCGCCGCCUGCUCCGGCCGUGACCGCCGCCUCGCUGGUGACACCGUGCGCGACCACCCACUCCGUCGGCUGGAACCAGAGGGUGGUCUUCCUCAAGGUGCUGUCCCCUGACUCCGGCAGCGACAGCAGCGGCACCCGCAGCCUGACGCUGGCUGCGCCGCCGUCCUCCCACCCCGGCCUGAGCCCGCCCGGCUACCACUUGCUGUUCCUGGUGACGUCCGACGGCGGCUACAGCCAGGGCGUGUGGCUCACCGUCACGCCGUAGCAGCACUGGCAGUAGUCUCAGUGGCAGUAGCAGUGGCAGCCGCAGUAGCAGUGGCAGUAGCAGUGGCAGUAGCAGGAGCAGCAGUGGCAGUGGCAGUGCCGUAGUACCGUAGUGGAGUGAGCACUGACUGUAGGACGCAUGUGUGUGGCGGAGUUGCCUCGCGUAGCUGGAACGCCGA